GAUCCAACGGUCGAACUCUACGGACAUAAUCGCAUUUCAGGGUCCAUCUGAAAAUUGUGUCGAGAGGGGCGUCCAGUCUCGUUCGUUGCCGUGGUGACUUGCAAUCCAGGGUUGCGUUUCUUACGACCAAGAAAAUCCCGAUGGCGGAGAUUGAGUUGAAAACUGCACCAGCUGAUUUUCGCUUUCCCACAACAAAUCAGACGAGGCACUGUUUCACUCGCUACAUUGAAUAUCACAAGUGUUUGAAUGCUAAAGGUGAAGAUGCUUCUGAGUGUCAAAAAUUUGCCAGAUACUAUAGAUCUCUAUGCCCAAUGGAAUGGUUCGUUGCAGACCCAAGACUUCUCCAAAAUAAGGACAAACAUGCUUGAUUUGCUGUGACCUGGGAGCAACUGAAGACUCAUAGGGAGAAGAUAAGAAAAUUUAAAUUUGAUCUUGACUGGAGAAGAUGGGCAUUUUGUGAAUGAUGUUCUACCUGAUAAAUACCUUCUCUUUUUGCUCCUCUCCAAAUGUAUAAUCUCCAGCAAGAAGUUGGUUUUAAGGACUACAUGGAAGAGUUUGAUCUCUUGAUGCAGUGUGGAGCGCGGGAUCUAGAGGAGCAAAUAGUAGCUUGUUGUAUUUGCAUGUUAUGAAUGUGAGUUUACUUUAGGCCAACUGCAUUCCAGUUGCUUAUAAUUUUAUAUAAGCUUGCUUUUGGUGGUAGAGAAGCAUUUGAAGAAAACCACUCGUUAUGUGAGAAGUAGCGUGGACAUUUGCUGGUCAAAUUCGCAACUGUAUACUUCAACCAAUGGAUCGACAACCACAAGAAGCUUUCUUGAUCUAUACUACUGCUUAAACUUGAUGAAGGUCCAAAUUCAUGAUGGGCAAUCAAACUGGUCUAGCUGGGGAUGCCAUCAGGAUUAGGCUUUGAGCAUUUGCACUGUACUCACAUCUCUCAGUUUCUCAGUAAUAUGAGAAUUAUAUAUUCUAUCAGGAAUUGAAGGUGCUGGUUUAAAUUUGACUUAGCCUUAAAUGUCAAAGUAUAAUAUAAUAUAGAAGCACCAUUGAGAGGCCUUGCUUAUUAGAUGCAUGAACACCAUGGGACCAUAUCGGUUAAAGCGAGCGAUCAAUGUCUUUCCUACAUUAUGGACAUAGCAUGGUGCAUUGGAAUAUACACAUCAUUUUUAUUAAUGUU